CUUGUGUUUUAGCACUCUGGCUCUGCCUUUGGGUCAACCGCAUUGGAAGCCCCUCUGCUCAUCUUCACCAUCACACUGAGCUGUAGCCACAACUUCUGUUGUCUCAGGCUCUCCCUUCCCGAGAUGGACUCCUGCCUGAUCCAGGUGAACAGCAACACCGCCUUGUCCUCCGUCCUAGAUGUCCAUGUCAACCUCAACGGGAAAAGCCCUUCUUUGCCCAAGGGAAAAGGCCGCAAACCCCACUGGGCAGUCAGGGCUUCAGAAAUGUCUAGGAGAACUUUCAAUCCCAUUCGAGCCAUUGUGGAUGCCAUGAAGGUGGAGCCCAAUCCCAGGAAAGCUUUGAUAUCUUUGUCCAUAGGAGAUCCAACUGUCUUUGGAAACCUUCCUACGGAUGAUGAAGUCACACGGGCCGUGAAAGAAGCGCUGGACUCUGGAAAAUACAACGGCUACGCCCCAUCUGUGGGUUACCUGUCUUGUCGAGAGGUGGUUGCAAGCUACUACAAUUGUCCAGAAGCCCCUCUGAAAGCCCAGGAUAUCAUCCUGACUAGUGGCUGCAGUCAGGCUAUUGAAUUAGCUUUAGCAGUCCUGGCUAACCCUGGGCAGAACAUCCUGGUGCCACGCCCUGGCUUCUCCCUCUACAAAACCUUAGCUCUCUCUAUGGGAAUUGAAGUCAAGUUCUACAACCUCUUGCCAGAAAAGUCCUGGGAAAUUGACCUGAAGCAAAUGGAAUCUCUGGUGGAUAACAGGACAGCUUGUCUGAUUGUGAACAACCCAUCCAAUCCCUGUGGCUCUGUUUUCAGCAGAAGUCACCUUCAGAAGAUUCUGGCAGUGGCCUCUAGGCAGUGUGUCCCCAUUUUGGCUGAUGAGAUCUAUGCAGAAAUGGUGUUUGAAGACUGCAAAUAUGAGUCCCUUGCAAAGCUUAGCACUAAUGUCCCAAUCCUGUCCUGUGGAGGCCUUGCCAAGAGGUGGUUGGUUCCCGGCUGGAGGAUGGGAUGGAUUCUGAUCCAUGACCGCCGGGACAUUUUUGGAGAGGAGAUCAGGGAAGGCCUUCUGAGGCUGAGCCAAAGGAUUUUGGGACCCUGCACAGCCGUCCAGGGAGCCCUUGGGCAUAUCUUCCGCCACACAUCCCCUGAAUUCUAUCACAACACUCUCAGCUUCCUCAAGACCAAUGCUGCCCUUUGCUAUGCUUCCCUUUCCAUGGUCUGUGGGCUGAAACCAGUCCGGCCCCAGGGAGCCAUGUACCUGAUGGUGGGGAUCGAGAUGGAGCAUUUCCCAGACUUCGAGAACGACGUGGAGUUCACAGAGAGGCUCAUUGCAGAGCAGUCGGUCUUCUGUCUACCUGCCACGUGUUUUGAGUACCCCAAUUUCUUCCGUGUGGUGAUCACCGUGCCCGAGGAGAUGAUGAUGGAGGCUUGCCAGCGUAUCCGCUACUUCUGUGAGAAGCACUAUCAAGGGGGAGAGGGGACCCAGGAUCUGGAAUGUGACAAGUAGGCCUGAGCACAUGCACCUGACCUUCUACUCCACCUGCUCUGAGUUUGCUCCCUGAUAUUGCACCAUCAUUCUUGUUCUGGACUCUGAAUUGCUAAGGCCUGGCUAGAAGUAGGCUGUCAGUGACACUCCUUCCUGCCCAGCGGCCUCAAGAAACUUCUGCACCAGUGCUUGACAGCUUUCAAUCACCAGCUGAAUGAUUUCUAGAGCCUAUGGGAAGCUGUGAGAAGGAACCUGCAUGCCAGCGGCAAGCCAGAGCAGAAAAUACCCAACUCUUCCACAGAAAGAAAGCUCACCUCUCCCACACCCCAAAGUACACCUGCAAUCUGUUUUCUUGUAGACAUAUUUCAAGUUUGUAAGUUAUUGUAUUUUUUGUAUGAAUAAAUGCAUUGUAAAUGUC